AUGGGAAAGCGUUGCAAGAAGAAACAUAAGGGAUUAGGACAUAAUCGCUCCCAGAAAAGGGGAGUCAGGGACCUGAAGCACAGAGCGAAGGAUUUAGAUCAAAUAUAUGAAUCGCUUUUGAAGGCAAAAUCCGGUGACAAUCAACAAGAAGAUCCGCAAUACGAAGUUCAUGGCCAAGGAAGAUUCUAUUGUCAGUUCUGUGAUCGCUAUUUUUUGGACGAAAAGUCAAUUCAAUCGCAUUCUAAUGAAAAGACGCACAAAAGACGUGUAAAGGCACUUAUGGAUUUCACGCCGCACCAGCCUUAG